AUGAUGAAGGUGUUUGAUAAUCAUCCAAAGCAUCACAUUGUCACCAUGGUCUAUAACUUUAUCCUCAUGCAAACCAGUCAAUCAUACCUCUUGAGGGUAUCAGAGUUCAACUCGAUCAAGACAUUGAUCCAAUCGAUGGAUCAACGUUCCUACGACAAAUCAUACAUGUUGAGUGGACUACGAUGUCUUACCAACUUGUCCAUGAAGAAUAUAAUAUCAACAAAGAUUGGAGAAUAUGGUGGAAUCCAAUUAUUACAUAGUAUUAUAAGGGGCAAUGUACAUAAUGAAUCGAUUAUAAUAGAAUGUUUGAGGAUAUUGAAGAAUAUGACAAUGGACAAUUCAACAAACUCGAAUAAGAUUAUACAGAAUGGAUUGGCCAAUACUAUGUUGAGAGUAUUGAUAACAUACUCUCAACAUGAGAUCAUACAACAAAAGGCACAUGACUUUAUACUCAACCUAUUCAUCUUCUCUGACCUUUUGAAGAAGGCCAUACCCAUGGAGACUCUUCAACUUCUCAAGAUAUCCUCGCGUACCACCAACCUAUUCCCCGAUCAGUACCGCAAACUAUUCUACAUGGUCGACAACAUAGGAAACAAGUAA